AGGCGCAAAAAGCAACAGAAGGGACUGAAAACGUCGUUGGUGGUAGCGGCAGUGGAGAUCGCAAAAGGCAGCCGGUGACGAUUGCCUGCAAAUCCGGCAAGGAGCCACAAACAAACUGACGUUAGAAGGGGAAACUCGGAAUCUGAAUUCUUGCUACUCCCAUAUACCUUCAAUACCCAGUCGUUCUCGCCACCACGUCGAAUUCGUCGUUCGCAUCAACGGCAGCGUGAAAAAUUCUGGUCCAGGAAGACCCUACGAUGGCAAUUCACCCAGUUCCUGGACCGGCGUAUGCAAUCCUAGCAGCGGCCAAUGGCAGCAAUCCUCAACUCGCUUCGUACAGCAUCGCUCAAGCCGUUUCGUCGCUUUCAUCAUCCGCCAACAACUUCCAAGCAUCGUCUCUGCCAGUGUCUAACGGUGCCCGGGUGAACACGGUCCCCAAUACUGCAUUCAAAGCUCCGGCUCACAAGCAUGCACAUCAUCUGCAUUCUAUACCGCCUCGGGAAAAGAGUACACGGACGCUCAUUAUUGAUCAUAUGCUAUGGGUUCAUGGUCGAACACGGUUUGCUCAGGCUCGAGCAGAACUAGGUAUGACGGAUCGCACCGGCGGACCCCGAUCCACGAAUUACAUCCAUCGUCGCCGGCCAGAAAACUUUGAGGAGGAAGAGGAACUGGGCAGCGAUGGCGAAGAUGUCGUUAUGCUCAAGACUAGAGCCGCUGGUCGCCACCAUGAUCCUCUCAGCGACGUCGAAGAAGAACAGCUGCGCACCCAGGAUCUAGGUCUUGCUCGAAGCCUCCGCCUGCGAGCAGAAGACCUUGAGAAGGUUGUCCUGUCCAUGCUUGAGCAGCCACCGCCGCUGCUGCCCAUACCAGAUGAAGAUAUCUUGACGCCGCCGACAUCACCACAAAUCCAUCCAUCCAAUCAACGUACAGGCUCCCACCCUCAUACUUUGCCUAACGGUGUCCGUCUCCGGUUGGCUCUUGGCGUAAUGAUCAACGACCUUUUUGCCCGGCAUGCUCCCCCACCGCCCUUCCGCCAUCAGCGCUCCCAUCAGCCAAACUCACCAGCUGUGAGCCUUACUCCUUCCGAUAUUUCGUCGGUCGACCCUACCUACCUGCCCACACCGUCCCAUCUGCCACCCGCCCUAACUACCGUCUCUUCCGUCUCUGCCUACUCGCCACUCGUUCCGGGGUACAAUCAGUGCAAUUAUCCUCCCAAAACCCCUAUAAAACCAACAGGCCGUAUUCACGCCUUGUACCUAGAAGGUGCAGAUCCCAGUACUGCCAAUUCCCCUCCGGCAUUCCGGUGUCCUAGACAUCUCCAUACAGGUUGCGAAAUAUGUGUUGGAGCCAAAUCCUCUAUGCGCGUAGCCAGUGGACGUGGACGUUCAAAUUCAACUGGCGUACCGGGUGUAGGUGAGCGGACGACAAGGAUGGGUCCCGCGCCUACGUGGAAAGGCACGACAGCAGGUAUGAGCCCUGAUGGAGGUGGAAUAACAGGAUGGAAAGACGGUAGCGGCAUUGGGUCUGGGCUCGCGAGAACAGCAGCAGGGGGGAGCGUUUUGAGGCGAAACAACCUGGCUGACGAAGUCAUGGGGUCAGGUAUAGGUACAGGGUCGGGGAACACCAAGUUGUCUGAUCUGAUUCCCAGGUUCUUAAGGCUGUCCGCUUUAGCAGCAGCAGAAUUGGGACGAGAGAAGAGAGAAGAGGCUGGUUUCGAAUCGCCGCGAUCAAAGGAUGGAGAUGGGGGUGGUUACAUGUCCGCAGGGGAACGUAGCCAUGAAAAUGGGAGGAUGUAUGGAGAAUUAUCUCCCUUGCCAUCACCGGCCCAUACGUCGACUUCUCGGGCCAUUGCUGACGCCCAAAAUCGGUUAUAUGGUGUGGCCCUUCGCCCGUCGAGACAAUGGUACAUGCUUCUUGCUGGCUUACUGACUAGGGCGGUGUUAGAGGGGUACUUGACGGCUGGGUGGAGAGGUUCUCAUGCCGUGGAGUGUUUGUUGACUGUCGGCCUUGGUAUCAUUGAGCCUGUGCCUGGCAGAGAGGCAGAGCCUGAUCAAGCAUGGCAGGAAUUUAACCCGGACGAAAUGCCGAGCCUGUCCGAGGCGGCGCGGGUACUCUUUCCUGGACUUCGGCAGGGCGCGCCACUGAGAAAAGGCGCAGAGGAACAAGAAUUUGAGAUGGAAAUGGAUGAACGACUACGAAGGUUCUAUGAUAUCCCCGCGUCGACACCAGAUUUGUCUACGCACAUGGAAGAUCUUGCAUGGCAGUAUCCUGCGGAACCAGUUGAGCGUGCAGCGGUCAGGUUCUGCGAAGCCAUCGCCAAAUGGAGAGGCAAGCCAGAGUUAGAGACUAAAUCUCAACCCUUGGCAUCGAAUAACGGGUCGUCUUCGGCUAUGACAAUUGAGUCGCUUGUCCAUUCUAAUCCAGUCAGUCCGUCGACGAGUAGGGACCCUCUUCGACUUCCUCCGAGAUUCCGCACAAACGCACCGACUAACGACCGGCAGCCAAAUAUUGAAGUGUACUUCAUCCAGCCGCAGUAUUCGAUGAGCGGAUACAACAACGCGUGGGGGUGGAAUAAGCGGCUACAGUCACCUGAAGAUGAUCGCUCCCGCGUGUCCAAGAGAGCCCAUGUAUGAGUUCGACAAGCUCGGGUGUGGUGUAUCAUUAUUACUGUUCGUACACUAGGUGUUAUUAUUUGUAGCUUUUGGGAUCAGUUCGCUGUUUAUCGUUUUUUGUUAUGCAGUCGUGGACUUUAGUAUACGUCAAGUCGUCCAACACUUGUAUUUCUAGGCAUUAUAAUUGAAUAUCUCUCCAGUUCAAUAUACAUUCCAUCAA